CAGCUAGCAGGCGUCUCACUACUAGGUUUCGAGACAGCCUCUCUCUCUCUCUCUCAGUUCCGCAAUGUGAAGCAGUAUCAGCAAUAUCUUCUCAGAAAGUGAGCGCGAUAUUUCAUUAUUGGCGUUAUGGAUCUGCAAAGCGAGCUGCUGAAGUCCAUCUGGUACGCGUUCACCUCUCUGGAUGUAGAGCAGAGCGGGAAAGUGUCCAAGUCGCAACUGAAGGUUCUGUCACACAAUCUCUACACAGCGCUCAAUAUUCCUCAUGAUCCUGUGGCAUUAGAGGAGCACUUUAAGGACAAUGAUAACGGGCCAGUGUCCAACCAGGGCUACAUGCCCUAUCUCAACAAAUAUAUCCUGGCAAAGGCCAUUGAGGGGACUUUCAAUAAAGAAACCUUUGAUGAGCUGUGCUGGACAAUGACAUCAAAGAAGAACUGCAAGCCCAGCAUUUACCAGGGCCUUUGUUCACAGAGAGACUGUUUCAAACUCUUCUGCCUCUUCAACCUGCUCUCUGAGGACCGUUACCCAUUAGUCAUCAUUCAACCGGAGUUGGAGUACCUGCUGAAGAAAAUCUCCAGUGCAAUGAGCCAGGAGUGGGACGGGACAUUACUGGAGGAGCUUCUGUCCCAGCAGGCUGCUCCUCAGGAGGGCAUGUCUGUAUGGGAGCUCCUGGAGCAUCUGAGUGCAGGCCGGCUUUUGCAUGUAGAGAGUAAAGAGGCCUUCAGUCUCGCUUUGGAUGAUGUUUUCAUGGAGAUGUAUCACAACAUCAUCAAAAAGGGUUACCUGUUAAAGAAAGGCCAUGUUCGCAGGAACUGGCAGGAGCGCUGGUUUGUUUUGAAACCCAGUAACCUGUCGUACUAUGUCAGUGAAGACUUGAAGGAAAAGAAAGGAGAGAUCCUGCUUGAAGAGAACAGUGUGGUGGAGAAUCUCCCAGACAGGGAAGGGCGGCGCUGCCUGUUCUGUGUGAAGACUCUCGUCAGGACCUGUGAGAUGAGUGCAUCAGACAUGAAGCAGAGAGUAGACUGGGUGCAGGCUAUACAGACGACUUUCAGACUAAAAGCAGAAGGGAAGAGCUCUCUACAUCAAGAGCUGAAACUGAGCAGACGCAAGCAGAGAGAGACCCUUCAAAGAAGCCAGUGCAGCCACAAUGAACCCAUUUCAGAUGAAAAGCCACCCUCUGUUGUGGAACAGCAGGGGGAGACAGAGAGCAUGGAGCAACACAUCGAGAGCAUCCUUCAUAAACAGAAAGAGGUGGAGGAAAAAUGUAAAGAGGAAGAGAAAAAAGAGCGAGAGAAACAGCAAGCAGUACAGAAAGAUCUGGAGAGACAGCUUGAAGAAGCUAAUGCGGCCAAGGAGAGAAUGGCAGCUACAUUGACUGAGAUGGAGAAGGAAGUACAGCAGCAUAAGAAGAGAAUCCAUGAAUUAGAGCUCAUGCAACAAAAACUGGAGGAAGCACUAAACAUUCAAAUUCAUGCCCGUUUAGAGGAAGACAGAGUUCGCCAAGAGCUGGAGGGGCAACUUGCAGAGGAGCAGAAGAAAUUUGCUGAGCUUCUACUCCUUCAAAGUCAGCUGGAAACACCAGCUGUGAGGAGUCAGGACAAUGUGCCACUCCAUGGCCCUAUUUCCACCGCAACAUCACCCAACAAUGAGCAACCAGAGCAGAGCAGUCAACACAAUACAGAGGAGACACCUACUCAACUACAUGACUUCGCUCGCCCUGCAACACCACCCAACAUCCAGCAACCAGAGCAGAUCAGUCAACACAAUACAGAGAGAGAGUUGGGGAAUCAGUCUAAUGCCACUCUGAUGCUGAAACAAUGGAAAAUACAGCUUAAUCGCUUAAUGAAGCCUAUCACACCAGGAGAUAAAAUCGAGCAUCUGCCUGUGAAGCCUAGUUGCCCGAGACAGGGCCAGGCUCUUACCAGCACAGAGUUCAUUACCAAGGUUCAAACAGGCAUUGUGCAAGAAAAGGGAAAAGUUUGCAACCCAUCACCACUUCAAGAAGAGGAAGAAUAGGGUUACUAUAGCUGGCCAGAGCCAUUGCAGUGUACCUGUUUUGUACAUCCCCAUAUUUUAUAUGUACAUAGUGGUUAGCAAGAUAAAUGACUCUAUAGUAUAUAAUAUGUAAUAUGCAUACUGUGAACAGUAAAAAUUGAUUUAGGAGGCAUUUUGCUGUUUGAUGGCAGCAGGCUAAAAGAUCCCCAGUAAAGUGUUUAACUUUUUAAAUGCUCUAAAUAAUAGACUUCUUUCAUAAUUUUUGUUACGUGUGUAAUUCUUUGUGUGGCCAAUAGAGGGGGCCUUUGUUCUGGGCUGCAGUUUCACAUUUCUUGGGUCCAAAACCAACCGCACAUAUCAACUUGUUUUUUUUAUUUUUAUUUAUUUAUUUUUUUUAUAUCACUUUCCUGCCCCCUUUCCCUAUAGAUCACAGUAGCUGUUGGAAGUUCAAAACCCUGGCGAGCUCUAAAAGACGGCAUUUUGAGAGUGUCCUUCUGAGAAUCUGAUCAACAUAAUCUUUGUUUCUCUGAUAAAGCUCUGUUUAUCUUGCAUUGACCAACUCAAACAUCUUCAGAAACAGGGAUGCCCCUUUAUAGUGCUAAACAGUGAAAAAUAAUCAUACAAUUUAUUUUUAGAUCUGCGGAGACCAGUAAGAAAGCGCCAU